AUGAACCUCCGAGAAGAACAUCCACCCAGGUCCAGGCUGCGGGUGGUCCCCCCAGUCUCCUCCCGGACCCUGCAGCACCCCUCCCUCCUGCCCCUGUACCUGGCCGCUGGGCUCGCUCGACAUCAUGGAGGCUGGGACAACCCCACAGGUGAGUCCACAUCCGUGCGACAGCUUCACGCAGCCGCGCAACAUCUGUCUCACUCCGGCGUCUCCUCCCCAGUCCACGCCAUCACCCCCGACGAGUUCUACUACACUGACCCCACCGGGAGCUGUGGGACGAGGAUCCCCAACAUGCUGACUGAUUUUGGGUUUUACGAUUGUUUCCAGCUCAACACUCCACCGCCCUUGAUGUCCUCCUGCGUGAACCCAUCGAACCGCCCAGACCCAUUUAGUCUCGGGCCUCACCCCACUAGAGAACUGGGCCGCCUGGAUUGGAACAUGAACCCCAUCCGUUUACCAGUGAAGACCAGCCAGGCCAUUAUCCAGCUCACCCCGGAGGAGGACCAGGCGGUCACUCACCUCCUCAAACUGCGCUACCAGGAGUUUGGACCAGAUGAUGAGACCCCCACUAAGGAAGUGUACCAGCCCUCCUCCAGGGACGGGAAACAUCAAAGUCAGGAGGAUUUGGGGAAUAAGCCGCAGGCGGGAAUACAUUGGUCGGAAACGGAGCUUGAAGCGGCUGAAACCCUUCUGAAUUUCUAUAGCUGGACUAAACAAUCAGGGCUCAGUGCCUCCAGAAAUCAUCCGCCACACCAGGAUAUGGAUUUGGCGUUAGGCACCGAAACCUAACCAGGAUACGAGAGUUUAACUGCCUUAAGAGCAUUCUUAUCAAAAUGUCACUGGUUUCAAACCUGAGGAUUUCAUUGUCCCUGGGUGUCUCACAUUUUUUCUUACAGCAUAUCUUUUAUUUAGUAAACAAGUCAAGCAUUUUUUUUUUGCUCCUUGCCGUUU